CAUUGCGCUCCGCCAUUUUGCUUGGUUCGGAGUGAACGUAAAACUAUUUUUAUGUAUUCUAAUGUGGCAAAUAGUUAUUUAGUUUAAAAAUUAGUGUUUCAAUACACUAAUGGCUUGCUUAAAUACCCUUAAGUUAGAAAUAAAGACUCUAGAACAAGUGUUUCCAAAAAACCAUGAGCGGUUUCAGAUAAUGUCAGCUAGUGUCGACGAACUGACCUGCAGAUUCGUUGGCAAAAAUGGAAAGAAAUAUGAAAUACAUGCAAAUAUCACGGAAACAUACCCAAACACACCACCCGUGUGGUUCGCAGACAGUGAAGACCCCAUUGUGACAAACGCUGUUCAGAUCCUGAGCAAUACACAGGGCAGGGAUAAUCAUGUUAUAAAUCAGGUCGGGAUUUUGCUGAGAGAACUAUGCAAAUUACAUGGCGUUCCAGAACCACCAGACUUGGAUUCUUUGUCGCUUCCCGUCCAUCCAGCACCGCAGCAAAGAGUACCGAGCGUAACCUCUAAUGGUGCGGAAUCAGGCACAGAGGAAGACGAGGAAAUGGCUGCUGAGGAGGAUGAAUCAGAGGGAGAGGAUGACUUGCCACUUGAGAUGGUUGAUGAUGCUGGUCGUAGCAACAAAGAUGACAUGGAAACGGAACAUUUAGCGACACUAGAACGAUUAAGGCAAAACCAGAGGCAAGAUUAUCUAUCAGGUAGCGUGUCCGGCAGUCUUCAGGCGACUGACCGUCUAAUGAAGGAACUGCGCGAUAUAUACCGCUCGCAUUCCUUUAAAAAUAAUAUGUAUUCUAUAGAGUUAGUUAAUGAUUCACUUUAUGAGUGGAACAUAAGACUGCGAUCGGUAGAUCCUGACAGUCCGCUUCACAAUGAUCUGCUCCUGCUCAAGGAGAAAGAGGGCAAGGACUCUAUCCUGUUGAACAUCAUGUUCAAAGAGACAUAUCCCUUCGAGCCGCCGUUUGUACGUGUUGUAUAUCCUAUUAUAUCAGGUGGCUAUGUUCUCGUUGGUGGUGCAAUAUGCAUGGAGUUACUAACCAAACAAGGCUGGUCCUCAGCAUACACAGUGGAGGCUGUUAUUAUGCAGAUAGCUGCUACUCUUGUGAAGGGAAAAGCGAGGAUCCAGUUUGGAGCGACUAAGGUGGUCUCACAGUCACCGUAUAGUCUGGCGCGCGCACAGCAGAGCUUUAAAUGCCUGGUGCAAAUACAUGAGAAAAAUGGUUGGUUCACGCCGCCGAAGGAGGACGGCUAAUCCAGGCUGCUCUUGCCCUAAAAAUAAGACUAACGUGCAACAUACGUCAGUAACGCCCAAAUACAAACACUAUCCUUCAAAAUUUUGACAAGUGACUUGAUAAGUUCGCGUCGAACAUAGUCUCCAUAAAUGUUUGUAUGAUUGCGCGCAUUAGAAAUGUGUUGUGUAUGGAUGGACAACAUGUGGAAGAUUCGGUAUAGUAUUGUGUACUUUAAUCGAUAUAAUAAGUGCUAUUAAUGUUCUGAGUGCGACGGGCGACACGAGAAACCUUAUAAGACUUAUAGGAAAUGUUUAAUGUGUAACGUUUUUUGUAAUCAAUAAUUUCUCAUAAAGUUAUCCAUAUGGUAGCCCUAGACGUUACUGGAGUGUAAAGUUGGAAAAUUCUUUGCAUUUCGUUUUAGUUAUUGAAAUAAAAGAAAACCUGUGAUUCGUAACGAUA